AUGGUCCGCUACCGUGUGAGGAGCCCCAGCGAGCGUCCGGGGCAGGACCGUGGGUCUGAGGGCCAGGAGCAGGGGCUGAGCCCGGAUCGCAUGGAGGCCUACGGGAGGACACAUCGAGGGCACCACCACCACCACAGACACAGGCGCUGCUCUCGCAGGAGGCUGCACAGGAUCCACAGACGGUGGCGCAGGUCCUGCAGGCGGCGCAGGAGACGCUCCUGCCGACACAGGAGGCGGCAUCGCAGAGGCUGCAGAAGGUACAGGAGGAGAUGCAGGUGCCGAAGACGCAGGCGGCACCACUACCACUGA